AUGACAUCUGGCACGGCCUUCAGCCAGCGUGACGCUGGGAAAAUGCUCACUUCCACUUCAGUUGCGUCGCUUAUCCUCAACGCCCCUCGGCGCUAUGGGGUCCCAGGCGACAAAUACCACUAUGAUAACAGCCUUCCUACCAUAGUCAGCUUGCUCAUCGAGCGCCGGUCAGGGCUGGUCAUUGAAGCUUUUGCGCGCAAGUACCUUUUCCACCCGCUCGGCGUCAUCAAUUACACUUGGACGCGUAUGCACGAAGACUCUGUGGAUGGAGCCCCUUUCGUGUUGCCAUCUGGUGGGCUUAAUAUGACGCUUACCGACCUCGCAAAGGUUGGCGAGUUGCUGCUGGGGGGUGGCGAGUAUCGUGGAAACCGUAUCGUAUCAGCAGAUUACAUAGAGGCGACGACGAAGAGCCAGACGAAUAGGGUGAUUAUCCAUAUGGGUAUUUCUCUCAUUCUAAUGAGGGAGGCAGGCAUGUGA